ACGAAAUAGUAAUAAAUGUACAAGCUGGAUACAUUCUACUACUGUUAAAUAAUUAAUUUGUAGGGUUAGUUUUAUUAACUAUUUAUUAUGACUUUGGAGAACUCUAAAACCACAAGCAAAACUAGUUCCCUAAAAGCACUUUUGCUUCGGGCUUGGAAAGAUCGUUGGACUGAUCUACAAUGGGGCAUAAAUAUAAAAACAAUCCUUCCUCGAGGUGUAAGUGGAGACGUUUACAAUUUGGCUGAUUGUAUGUUGCAACAUGCUGUUAUCGGGGCAGGUGCUAACCAAUUGGUACUAUCAUACUUGCACCAUACUUUAAGUUGUCAAAUGGUGUCAUACGCUGCUGUUUUAAUAAAGAUAUCAAAGUUUGAUGAGUUUGAAAAGCCUCAUUGCUUGAUUAGUUUGUUAGAGUUCUUAGAAACUAUACAACCGGGGAUAACAUGUAGAAAUAAAGCUGAAGAGGAUUUGUUGGCUUCAGCUAUUUUAUCUAUUGUACACUGGUUGUUACAAAUAUAUCACUAUACGUUGUGUUCAUUUGUGAUACCAACGUCCCAAGAUAGUACACAAACCAAAAUUGAGUUCCCUGAACUUUUGGAUAAACCCACAAAAAUCCUAGAAGCUUUUGUAUCAUGCGACUUUAUAAUGGCUUUAAUGUACUUAGCAAAACACGAUGAUGAAGACUUGCAUUUAAAAAUCAUUAAAAAAUGCAAUGAAAUCAACUCAAUGAUCACUUUAGCUGAAUUAGAUCGAAGUAUACAAGACUCUUUGCAAAAACUUUGUAACUUGGAUGCUGUUAGUAAAUUAAUCGAACCUGAUGAACCUGUUACGUAUUGUAUACAAGCUUUGCUAACUGUAGACGUUGUUGUAAACCCUUGUGCCGACACACAAACUUAUGUAAAUCAAUUAUUAAUGAUACAAAGUUUCAAAGGUUACAGCAACCCACGUUUAUACUGCGAGUUAAUACGAGCUUGUUUGAUAUCACUUCAUGAUGUAAACGAUGCAGCUAGAGAAUCCAUGUGGGGUGCUUUUACUUUCCUAAAAGUCCCUGAGAUAAUAGAACGCCUAAACAAUCCGUACAAAGACAAAAAAGACUACUCCCAAGACGUGGUUAGUGCUUUUGAGUUACUCCUACAAUACACGUCUUUACUAGAUUUAAUGGACACAAAGUCUUCAUGCAAUAUUAUUGAAUAUGUCCUUGGUGGUAUGUUGAAGCAUAGAUUAGUAAACGAGAGUCAUGUGAAGACUUUUGCGGCUAUGAGAGCACCUAGGUCUGAGAUUUUAAUCAAAUUAGAUACUUCCAAGACUUUGUCGAUACCUACAAUGAUCACUAGGGCUGAACCAACACUUGCAGGGAUUUUGAAGACUUUGAGUGUCGGUUGUGAUACUUUGGCGGAUGCUCUUUUGUGCAUGCUUUGUCAGGU